AUGGUGUCAACAAAACUCAUCCUUCUCUCAAUCUCCGCCUUGGCAAUGGUCCAAACUCAAAGCACGGAGCCGUACUGCGAUGAGCUGACAACAACCAAAACGACCGCGAAACCAACAACAACCAAAACGACAGCGAAACCAACAACAACCAAAAUCACUUGGGGCUGCCCAUCAACCUGGACAAAAUUCAGUAGAACUUUGGGACAAUGGUGCAUCAAGAUCUACACUGGAACAUUCACAUAUGAAGGGGCUAAAGCACAAUGUAAAGCAGUUGGUGGAGUUUUAUCCGGUGUGGAAAAUGCAGCCGAAAGAACUUUUGUUAUCAGUAAGUUAUAUUAGAUGGCUAAUAGUUGUCUAAACUUUUUAAAUCAUAUCAAAAAAUGUUUCAGAUCGAGGAAUCUCAAUUCUCAACACAAUCGGUACAGUCAAAGAGGGUGCUCUCUGGUUGGGUGCCUUGAGAAGUACAGCAUGCCGUGGAAACAACGCAACCCUCUCAAUCUGUGUUCCUGCGGUCAACAAAGCAUUCGUCUGGACUGAUGGUUUCACAACCGGAAAAUCAAUGAUGACUUGGAUGCCAAAUCAACCAGAUUAUUAUCAAAAAGGAGAAGCUGCGGUUCAAAUGGUUAUUGUCAAUCAAGCAACUGGUUCAGGUGGUGCGGUGUCAGGACAAUUGAAUGAUGUUUCUGCAACAUUGUCGACUGCACCAAAUGCACUCAACUAUAUUCGUGGAAUCGUUUGUGGACAAAAAGCCAAAGCGACUUAUUCAUAA